AUGACACCUCUCUCAAAGCUCUUCCACAAGCUUUGUUCCAAAAUGAUAAUCCUGUUAGCGUCCCUGCUAAUAGAACUUAUCAUUCUCAUUCACAAACUAAAAUCAUCGUCACGUUCAAUCAGCACCCACCAGUACCUCAAAUUCAUCGAGAAGACGAACCCCACGAUUUGCUACACCAAAAGAUUGUCGAAGGCAGAACAGGGUGGUGCUGCAGAGUGUAGGGUAUGCUUGUGCGAAUUGGAGGAAGGGGAGAAGGUGAGGAAGUUGCAAUGCCAUCACAUGUUUCAUAGGGAUUGUUUGGACAAGUGGUUGCAGCAAUAUUGGGCUACGUGCCCUCUCUGUAGGAAACAAGUGGUGCCGAAUGAUGUCGUGUUCAAGCACCGUCAGCACCAGAAUCAAGCUGCGGAAGGUUUUGAUGGAAAUAAUGAUGACCACCUUCCCUAUUUUUUAUCAGCAUUUCGUCGUGGCAACACUUUGCACAGAUAUUUCUGA